AUGACUAAAGACCAAUUACAAGCUGAGUUAAAAAAGACAAUCAGACCCGGUAUUAAACCUUCGCAUUUACGGAAAAGUAAGAGUGCCGAUAGUAUUCCGGUGACACUAGCUAAUAUCCCACUCAAAAAGUCCCAGUCCCAAUUAGAACUCCCAAUUAACCAACCCACUCCCACCGAACAAAUAACUCAACUAAAACAAACCCUCACUUUUACCCAAAAUACUGCCCAGAAUUAUUUAAAAAGUCUCCAAGUUGCCCAAGCCAAGAUUACCGAACUAGAAGAAGAGUUAAAAUCCCAAGAAAGUUUUGUUGAGGCUCCGGAAGAAAAUGUUAGUGAAUUAAAAGCCCACAUCUCCCAGUUAGAACAACAAAUCUUACAAUUAAGAUUAGAAAAGAUUAAAGACUUUGGCGACUAUUACCAAACCAAGCAAGAGUUAGAAAAAGAACUAGAUGACAACAUUAGCGAAGGAGUAGCCGAAAUCAACCGCUUAGAAAAUAAACUCUUAGCCACUAAUAAAAAAAAGCUGGAAUUACAGCAGCAAUUAAAUCAAAGCCAAACUAAAAACACUAAGUUAGAAUUAAAGUUACUGAAUAAUCAAGAACCCAGUUCUAAUUCCCACUUUUGUGCUGAUUAUUGA